GUCAAUCGUGCAUGCGUCAAGUCAAUUGAAGUUAUUAGAAUGUAAUCUUGUUCACAGCUGAUUAUAUUUUUUGUUUCUUGUUCUAAGUUUUUUUACUCUGAUAUAAUCUAUAAUAAAUCAGAUUCAAGCAAUUCUGUGUCAAUUCGACAAAAAUAUCAUAAAACAUAUGGAGCAAGUUUUUUGACAGAAGUAUUAGUAUAUUCAUAGUAAACUGGUAGAGGCAUGUUUAUAAUUUUUAAAACUUUACUACUUUUGUCAAGUGUUUCCGUUAAUCUACUCACGUUUGCUGAAGAAUAUUCAAACCCAGAAAAUAAUGGGCAAGAAAUACUAUUAUGCCGUAAAUGUGGAGCUGACGUGGCGGAUUCCCAUUACUUAUUUAGCAUACCCAGUUCUGGAGCACACAAAACAGAGAAACAAAAUCUAUUUGGAAGACAAAAUGUCACAGUACAAACAUUAGUGAAUCCCUUUGGUAUUAAGUUUGAAAUAGUUACUGCUCAAAAAGCAAGAUGCGAGAAUAUUGGACCUCAUCAAGCUGCAGAUUCAUGGUUCCCAGGCUAUGUGUGGCAGAUUUGUACUUGUCCACAUUGUGGUCAACAUUUGGGAUGGACAUUUGAAUCUGUAGAUAAUUCUGAUACUAAAGAUGAAACAAGUCUCAUGAAAGUCCACUCCUUUCAUGGAUUGAUUUUGAGUAAUAUACUCGGGGAAAACUGUAAGUUAUUUUCUUUUACAACAAGCAACCCACCUUGGCUUUACACAGGUAGCAUUAUAGAUAUAAUCCUCAUAAAACCUUCUUUCUAACAUUUCAACAGGACCAAAAUCCGUCCACAAAUUUCCGAGAUUAGUGCAUACAAACAAACAGAGAUGACUUUAUCAUAAUUAAAACCUCUAAUGAAUAGUGAUUAGAGUAAACCCCUUCUUAUAAAACUAUUUCUUUUAAAAACAAAUUCUAUGAAAAUGGUAAGGUAUUUAAAAAAAGUAAACAAAUUGCUAAUUUACAGGUACACUGAAAGCUCUUCCACCAAAUAUUUUAAUCUUAAUGUCUUAUCUAUUUUAAAUCAUAAUAUUGUGUUUUCUUUUUCAGUCACCAAUUCAUUAAUAAUGAUGCCGAAAGUGUUUAAUAUGUAAAAAAAUAUAUUAAUGCAAUUUA